AUGGAAAAAAUCAAACAAAGCAACCCACAAAAUUCCCAGAUUGAAAUCAACGAAAUUGUGUCAAAAAAUGAUGAUAUUGAAGGGCAAAAUAUUGUGCCAGAAAUUGAGGUGGUUGAAGUUUAUGAUUAUUCAAAGAGAGCACAGUGGCUUAGAGCUGCAGUUUUAGGUGCAAACGAUGGGCUGCUAUCAACGGCGGCGUUGAUGGUGGGUGUUGGGGCGGUCCGGCAGGAUGUUAAAACAAUGGUCCUUGCCGGAUUAGCCGGUUUGGUGGCGGGGGCUUGUAGCAUGGCUAUUGGAGAGUUUGUUUCAGUUUACUCGCAGUAUGACAUAGAGGUGGCUCAAAUGAAUAGAGAAAGUAGGGUAGACAAAAGUGAGUUGGAGGUCAAGAAAAAGAAGUUGCCAAACCCUUUACAGGCAGCAGCCGCCUCGGCCGCUGCUUUCACGGUAGGGGGAUUGGUGCCUUUGGUGGCAGCGGCUUUCAUAAAGAACUACCUAGUCAGGGUGGGAAUGGUGGUUGCCGCCGUAAGUUUGGCACUAGUUGGUUUUGGAGGGUUGAGUGCAUUUCUUGGGAGGUCUCCACUGGUGAAAUCUUCCUUGAGGGUUUUGAUUGGAGGGUGUUUGGCCAUGGGAAUCACUUUUGGUCUAACCAAACUAAUUGGUUUAACAGGUCUUAAUUCAUGA